CGCCAGCGCCGGACGGAGAAGCUGGAAAAGAGACGGCUCUGAGGCGGGGGGGGGGGGGGCGACCAUCUCAAGAUGGCGCCUCCGCUUUCUUCCGCCUCUCCCCAAAUGGCGCCUCUGAGGCGGCCGGGGAGCGGAAGUGAGGUCAGGAGCGCGCCGGAAGCUGCUCCGUCCUCGUCUCCGCCGGCUGGGAGGCUGCGCGUGAGGAAGGGCCGGCGGCCGGGGCAGAGGCAGAGGCAGAGGCGCUUUCGGAGGCCGAGGCCCGCCGACCAUGGCCUCCCCGGGAGAGGUAACCCCGCGGAACGAGGCGCGGCAGCAUCAGCCAGGCCUUGGUGUCCAUGGCAACCCCGGCUCCCCCGCCCCUCGCGUGUCCAUGGCAACCGGGGGCGACAGCAGCUCAUCCCGGGGGCGAACGUCUGAAGCGGCCCUGUCGCGUGUCGGGGGGGAAGCGGCCCUGUCAGUGCCGCCUGCUGCUUGGCAGGGAGGGAAGGGGAGGGUUCGGCUCCUCGGCGCUUCCCCAGUCGGAGAGGCUGCAUUUAUUUAUGUAUUUCAUCUAUUUCAUAAAAAUCCAGAAAACAUCGCAGGUUCCCAAAGGGGAAGCUUCUAUAUGCGGGUGGUUGACCUUUCUUAGCACGUUUGCAGCUCUCCCUGGUGUCCGAUUUGGUGCCAGGCAAGGCUGACCCCGCCCCGAGGUGCCUGCUCUUCACUGCUGGCUUUUCCCUGCCUUGCUGCCUCUCGGGUCUGAUUUGUAUCACCUAUUAGCAUUUCCAUGAAUUAAAGUGAGAGCAGGUAGGACAGAGGUUUCAGCCUCUUGAAUCUCAAAGUGCAGGGCAGCAGCUGCUAUAAGGUAAGGCUGCAGAGUUCAUACCCCCCCAAGACAAUUGCAUGGGCCUUAACCUGGUGUCGAAAGUUGGGGGCAGCUGGGCCUGAGUAGGCGCCUCUGUUUCGCUCUGGCGGGCAGCUACUUUCCAGCACGAGUGGGUGAUCUGUGGCCCUCCAGAUGUUACUGGGACUCCCAUCAGCCCCAGCUGCGCAUGGGAGGGGUGGGAGAGUUGCAAUUCAGCAACAUCUUGGGGGGGUCCCCCACAAAUGUUCCCCUACCCCUGUUCCAAGACUGAGGCUUCUGCAGCUCUGCUUCCUGAGGCAAUUCUAAUGGUCAUUCAGAAUGGGACCUCUUUUAUGCAGAGCAGCUGCACUACCCUCUGGGCCGUGCCCCCCCCCCGGUCUCUCCCAGCAUUGUAACUUGAGAUCUUGGAACUAGAGGUGCAGCCUGCACACCCAUCCAUCACCCCCUGCUCUAAUGCCAGCAGAUUCCCCCCCCCCCAUUGCGGUAGUUGACCAAUUCCCACCUCUCCUUCCCCCACCACUUAUAUUUCAUUCUACUUUCUCUUCAUCCACAGCUGCGGUCUUGCCCCAACUUCCCCCCUCACCACUCUUCUUCACCCCUCUACUUCAAUUUCUAGCCUUUCUCCCUCUUCCCCAGCCUCUGGUCUCCAUCCAUUUCCUUCCUAUGGGGCCUUUUCUUCUAUCCACAGUCACCCUCCACACAGCAGACCCUCACCACUUUUGGUUCAUAGCCCACCAUUCUCUCACAGGCCAGUUUUUAAGUGCCUUGAGUCAGGUGUGGUUUUGCACCCAGGAGGAACUGGAGGACACAAUCCCCAAGGGCCCUAAUUCAGGCCUGGUUCAAGCAUGCCUGUGUGUCAUUUGACAUCUCGAGGCCUGCUGGCUCACAGUGGGCCUGUGAUCUUCACUCCCUUGGGAAUUGUUGUGUUCCAUUCACAUGUACAAGAUGUUAACUUGACGACCUUUCAUUCAUAUUUAUCCACUCAACCGUAAGUCACCAAAUAUUGCAGCGGAGAAAACUUAAAAGAUAACGUUCACACAUUGUAGUCAUCUGAUGAUAAACAUGCAUGUGUGAACAAGUUCCCAGCAUUUCCAAGUUGCUUCCUGUAUUGCUCUUUUCUCGAUUUUGUUCUUUACUCUCCUUCUCUCUCCAAAAUCCCCUCUUUUCUUUGUUAACUGGCUUGCAGGUUUCUUCACCGGAAAACCCGUCAUUCCAUAUGCUCUCCUUCAGACACAUUCUCUUCCCCAGCGGUCCCCAAAGGAAUUUCAUUUCUGUGUCCUGAGCUCUUUUGCUUUCUCUCUGUCUCUCUCUCUCCAGGAAGUGACGAGCGAUGAGAGUGGAGAGGAGAGCAACGCUAUGAACUUAAUGGAGUUCUCGGAUGAGAUCCUUUUGCACAUCCUGAGGUACACCCCAGUUUCAGACCUUGUCCUGAAUGUCCGAAGAGUCUGCCGGAAACUUUCUGUUCUUAGCCUCGACAAAAGCCUUACCCACGCUGUGACCCUGCAUAAGGACUAUCAGGUGAGGGAAGAGCCUUGAGGAAAUCACGGGAUGUGGAUGGAGCUGGGAGGGAUACUUGUUCUCAGGCAUACUGGGUUUCAGUUAAGGGAUUCAGUCCCUAGUGUACAUCAGGGUGGAGAAGGUGAUUAGUAUUUUAAGUGAAAAGGCACCAUGGAGAAGGUGCUUCCUGGGUUUAGUGUAAGAAAAAUGCUUUCACUUUUCUUUAUUCUGGCCUCAAACAGGGGAGGGGAUUUGCUAUAUGGCUCUCUCUAGCAGAGAGAGUGAGAGAACAGGCUCAGUCUGACACUUUUCAGGGCUGUCCUUAACUUCACCAUCAGUCUCUCCCUUGACCUUUCUUUCCCUCUGGCUGUUUCUUCAGUCUGAAGGUUAGCCUAGCUCUCUGAACACACUGCAGGGUGAUCUGGCCUUCCAUGCUGAAAACACUGGAAGCUAACUCUAACCCUCAGCUGCUUUCAUAGAGAGCUCUGUAAAGGAAGAGGUCUCUGGAGUGUCUCUCCCUUCACAUCGAAAGUGGUGCUGCCUUUUACAGAUCGCUAACGUGUGUUUUUGUUUCUGCCUGUUGCGCACAGGUGGACAAGGACAAGGUGAAGCAGCUCAUGCGGGAGAUUGGCAAGGAGAUUCAGGAGCUGAACAUGAGCGGCUGCUAUUGGCUGCCCGGCUCCACCAUCGACCAGGUGACCCGCUGCAGGAACCUGGUGAAGCUGAACCUGUCCGGCUGCAACCUCACCUCCCUCCGCCUCUCCAAGAUGCUCUCUGCCCUGCAGCACCUGCGCUCCCUGGCCAUCGACGUGAACCCGGGCUUUGACGCCUCCCACUUGAGCAGCGAGUGCAAAGCCACGCUGAGUCGCGUGCUGGAGCUCAAGCAGACCCUGUACACGCCCUCCUACGGGGUGGUUCCUUGCUGCACCAGCCUCGAGAAGCUGCUCCUGUACUUUGAGAUCCUGGACCGGUCGCGGGAGGGCUUGAUUAUCUCUGGCCAGCUCAUGGUUGGCGAGAGCAACGUGCCUCACUACCAGAACCUUCGGGUCUUCUACGCUAGGCUGGCGCCCGGGCCGGUCAACCAGGAGGUGGUGAGGCUGUACUUGGCGGUGCUGAGCGACCGCACACCCGAGAAACUCCACGCCUUCCUCAUUUCUGCCCCCGGCGGCUUCCCCCAGAGCUGCGCUGUGAAAAACCUCUUGGACUCCAUGGCCCGGAACGUGACGCUGGAUGCCUUGCAGUUGCCCGGGUCUUGGAUGAAUGGCUCCAGCCUCCUGCAGCGCUUGAAGUUCAGCAACCCUGUCUACUUCAGCUUCAGCCGCUGCAGCUUGUCCGGCAGCCAGCUGGUCCAGAGGGUCCUCAACGGCGGCAAAGACCUCCGCAGCUUAGUCAGCCUGAACCUGAGCGGCUGCGUCCACUGCCUGUCUCCCGACUCCACGCUGCGGAAAGCGGAAGACGAAAUUGACAGCAGCAUCGCUGAGACCCUCGUCGCCUCCUGCUGCCACCUGAGGCACCUGAACUUGUCGUGCGCCCACCACCACAGCUCCGAAGACUUGGGCAGGCACCUGUGCCAGCUCCUUGCUCACCUGAAGUGCCUCCUCUCGCUGGCCUUGCCCGUCUGCUCCAUCGCCGACGUGAGCCCUGUGCCCGCCGACAAGCCGUCCGUGCAGCCGGCGACCAACGCCACCUCCCCGAGUUUUGGGAAGAAAGUCCGGAUCGGGGUGCAGACGUAUCCGCGGAACUGCUUGGAGCAGGGGAAUUCCAGACCCCAGCCCUCCGUGUUUUGGACCCUGCUGGAAAGCCUUCCGUUUCUGCAGCAGCUGGAGCUGAUUGGGUCCAGUUUUUCCUCCGCCAUGCCGCGGAAUGAGCCGGCCAUUCGGAACUCGCUGCCUCCCUGUGGGCGGGCCCAGCAUGUGGGGGAUGCCGAAGUGGCCGCCAUUGGCCAGCUGGCCUUCCUGCAGAGCCUCACGCUGGCCCAGCUGCCCAAUAUCCUCACCGGCUCCGGGCUCGUUCACAUUGGGGCCCAGUGCCAGCACCUGCGGACUCUUUCCCUGGCCAACCUGGGCAUGAUGGGCAAAGUGAUGUACAUGCCAGCCCUCGUGGACAUGUUGAAGCACUGCAGGUGUUUGCGAGAUCUCAGGUGAGGGCCUCGGGUGAAGCAGAGGUGGGCCAGCUCCUGAAUUAGCCCAGCACUGUUGCUUUCCCAUCCUGUUGCAGCAGGGAGAGAUCUCCGGCACCUGGGGUUUCUUUUCUUCCUGGCAAAUGAGGUUGUGGGCUGGGUCAUUUUGGUUUUUAGCUAGCCGGAACUCCUAAAGAGGCAGAGGGCCUACGACUCAGGCAGCGUUAGAAACUCAGAUACACAGUCCUGGGAAAAAGAAAGCCUUUGAAUUCUGUGGUUUACAUAUCAGGCAUCAUAACAAUCCUCUGUUCCUUAGCAGGUCUUAAAAUUUGGUAUUGUAUGUAUUUACCUACUUAAUUUAUACAGCAGAAGUACUCUAGGAAGCGAGCGUGGUGUAGGGGUGACGAGUGUUGGACUAGGACUUGGGAGAUCAGGGUUCAAAUCCCAACUCAGUCAGGAAGGUUACUGGGUGACUCCACAGUCACAGCCUUUUAGCCUACCUCACAGGGUCGUCAUAAGGAGUAACUGAUGAAUGGGGUGAACUAUGUGCUACUUGGAGAUAAAGGUGGGCUUCAAAGGCAGUGAAUAAGCCCUUCUGCUUACCUGCUUAAGAAAGCUGGAGAUCUCCGUGUGGUUGCAAUUGGACCUGUGCCAGUCACAAAACGUGCCUGGCACCUGGGGAAUUUCUAGCACUGGACUCGGGUAGAAGCUGCACAUUCUAUCCCUGGUACAUUGACUCUAAAGGCUCUUGGUCAUUAGUCCUGGAGAUUACCUUUGCCUGACGCCCUAGGAAACCACAGCCAGGCAGAGUCGUUGGUUUGGGCUAGAUUGGUAUGCGCUACAUCAGGCAUAUCAUAUCCAACUCUAUAGAGACCACGAUCUACUCCCAGUGUAAUAAAACUGGCAGUGAUCUACCCAUUGUCAUUGCCCAUAGUAGUUGAGCUUUUUUUGGGAAAGGGUUGCAUUAAUUCGCUCACCAGUCUGUAGCUCUCACUCAGACGCCGGCAGCAGUAAUUGGACAUAGUGCCAGGGCGGGGCGCGUAGCAAUCGCUCAUGAACAGGGUUCAGCAACCUUUUUCAGCCGUGGGCCGGUCCACCGUCCCUCAGACCAUUUGGUGGGCUGGACUAUAUUUUGUAAAAAAAUAAUAAUGAAUGAAUUCCUAUGCCCCACAAAUAACCCAGAGAUACAUUUUAAAUAAAAGGACACAUUCUACUCAUGUAAAAAUACGCUGAUUCCCAGACCGUCUGCGGGUCGGAUUGAGAAGGCGAUUGGGCCGCCGAGUCUUAGUUUGCCUAUCCCUGCUCAUGAAGAACCGGGCGAGCUCUUUUUUAACUCCCGCGAUCGACAAGGAGAACCUUGGCGAUCUACCUGUUGAUCGGUUGGACAUUGCUGCGCUAGAUCAUGGGUGAAGGAUGCAGUGGCCCUCCAGAUGUUGUUGCCCAACUCAACAUGGCUAGUUGUUGGAGAUUGCGAUGGGAGAUGCAGCCUGCGAACAUCUAGAGGAGUGAAGAGACCAACAGGCUCACUUGGUAUAAGUAGAAAGCAGCUUUGUGUGUUUGCAAUAUCAAGGGCGAAGGCUAGAGAAGGAAGCAAUGGACGUACACUAUUCAAUUUACAGUUAACAUAAAAGGCUGUCCGCUCAUUGAUGAAUUUGUAGUUGGUUGACCAACUGAUUAAAAUGCUGGUGAGUUUGCGUGUCACCAAAAUUGCAAGGUGGGCACCUUCCGGAGACAUGGAAAGCAGUUUAAUGAUCAAAACAUCCCUGCAUUGUUUGUACCAAAGGCCAUUCCUUGUUUUAUUCUUCCCCCCCUGUUUCCCCCCCCCAACCUAAUGAAACACUAAAACUGAAAUAGCCUCAAAGAAAACCGAAUGAACAUGCCUUUAACUCCCAGGCCCACUGAUAAUAGUUGGCCUUCGCUGAUUAAUACACCACAGAGCCAAUGGACUCGGUGUUCUAAACAGAAAAAUACAUAUAUUUUGAUACAAAAGAGGAUAGUUUCAAAGCAGCUCCCUGGGGGUGGUGUCUGUGAUUCACCCUGAUUCUCAACCCAUUUCUAACUCUGAACAUUUAAACAGUGAUAUUGUCAGGGCUUGAAAACAAAAAAGCAUAUUAUGAUGAUAAUAAUAUGGCAACAGUGUCACCUGGUGGACGGGAUGCUGUACAGCAAAAAUAUAUUCUGACCAUUUACUGUUGUGAGUAACUUAAUGUCAUAGAAUGGUAGAGUUGGAAGGGACCCUGAGAAUCUUCUAGUCUAACCCCCUGAGGUGCAGGAAUAUGCAGCUGUCCCAUAUAGCGAUUGAAUCUGUCACCUUGCUGUUAUCAGCACUAUGUUCUAACCAGCUGAGCUUUGCUUGCUCACAUGUUGCUUUGAUCAUGGAGCAACAGCGAAAACUGUUUAUUCGCCCCUCCCCUACAUUUCCAUGGUACUUAUCACACAAGGAGUCCUUCCUUUGCUUCCCUUUUAUUUAUUUGAUUUAUUUCAUAAAACUUGUUUGCCGCUUGUUUGUAGAAAACCUCAAAGCGGGUUUCCUUUCUUUGGAUCUCAGUGGAGAAAACGGAAGAUCAGCGUUUGACACCUGAGACACGAUGCUGAGUAUCAAAUAAGUGAAUUCUUAUCCCUGUGGCAGAGAGAUGUCCUGAGAGGAGGGUGGAGGAAGACACACACACACACACACACACACACACACACCCUGCCAGCAGAUCAUUUUCAGUAGUGUUUUCCUCCUUUGGAUUCCUGGAGCUGAUCCCACUCACUCCAGGCAACUGGGAAAACAGCAGUUUACAAGCUAUGGCCAUGAUGAGACCAUCUCAGGUUGCCCUGUAAAUAGAUAAAAGCUCAGAAGUCAGGGCGUUGCCACAGGUUUCACAAAAGGAGUCACAAAAGGGAGAGGAGUGAGGCAGGAGCAGAUGCAGCCCAGUUUACAAAACGCCCAACCUCUUAACUGGAGCUUUUCGUUGGGGAAUUGUCUUUCUCCUUUAAAACCCACUGAUGAGUUAACUCUCCAGCUAGUUCCUUCAUAGAGGUUACAUCAGAGGUUUCAACUAAAAUCAAAUGGAUUUUGCCUUCCCAAAAGCUCUGUGCUGAGCUCCACUCUGCUAAAAGCAGGGGUGUUCUUUCCUCGUCCCCUCUGGCUUUGCAAACACUUCCCCUCCUGGUAGAGUAAUAAUAAUAAUAAUGAUAGUAAUAAUAAUAAUAAUAAUAAUAAUAAUAUUAAAUACCAUAUUUUUUGCUCUGUAAGACUCACUUUUUCCCUCCUAAAAAGUAAGGGGAAAUGUGUGUGUGUCUUAUGGAGCAAAUGCAGGCUGCGCAGCUAUCCCAGAAGCCAGAACAGCAAGAGGGAUUGCUGCUUUCACUGCGCAGCGAUCCCUCUUGCUGUUCUGGCUUCUGAGAUUCAGAAUAUUUUUUUCUUGUUUUCCUCCUCCAAAAACUAGGUGUGUCUUGUGGUCUGGUGCAUCUUAUAGAGCGAAAAAUACGGUAAUUUACUAUUUAUACCUCGUCCAUCUGGCUGGGUUUCCCCAGCCACCCUGGGUGGCUCCCAACAGAAUUUUAAAAGCACAACAAAAUGUCAACAACAACAACAACAACAAUAAUAAUAAUAAUAAUUUAUUAUUUAUACCCUGCCCGUCUGGCUGGGCCUCCCCAGCCACUCUGGGCGGCUUCCAACAAAAUAUUAAAAUACAGUAAUGCAUCAAACAUUAAAAACUUCCCCUAAAUAGGGCUGCCUUCAGAUGUAGAGCCCCCCCCCCCCCUGCAAGUGUAGUCUCUCUGAGGCGUGUCGUUUGGUUGACCCUUGUUCUGCCUUCGCAGGCUCGAGCAGCCCUACUUCAACGCCAACGCCCAGUUCUUCCAGGCCCUGAGCCACUGCUCGUCCCUCCAGCGCCUCUGCAUCAUCUCCCGGAGCGGAUCUCUGCAGCCGGACGCCGUGAUGGCCUUCAUGACCGCUUGCCUCGAGGUCAUCAUGUGCCACAUGUUUACCGGGGAGUCUCUCACAGUUUGCAAAACCUUGCAGCAGUCCUUGAUAAAGAGGUGAGUUCAGGCAGGUGAUACGUUCAGACCAUACCGUUACUCUGGGCAGUCCUAUAUUUUUGAGGCUAAAACAGGGACCUCCAGGCUCUCCCUCCUUGGCUCAGGAUGCAAAGUAAAGACAUGUGAGGCUGGAAGUGCACUGAGUGACGGCAUAAGUGCAUCCUCAUUGCCUUUGCCUGAGCUGCUCUCAAAAGGGGCCAAGAGUUACGUGCUGCGACACAUCUGCCAUCAAGGGCUCCCCUGUCUUCCAAGCUUGGCAGGGCAACUGAGAACCUCCCGCAAGUUUGCAGGAGGGUGAGCACAACAGUUUUUUUUAAAAAAAACUUUAUUCCAAAACUGAAAAAGAAUUACAAGCAUCAAAUUCAAAAUCCAUAUUCGUUUUGUAACGUAAGCUUAUUACAUAGUUGACUAGAUUAAAAUAUACCUAAUUGCUAUAGACUUCCCUUUGCUAUAUGUAAAUGCAAUGCAAUUAGAAAUACUACAGUGGUACCUCGGGUUACAUACGCUUCAGGUUACAUACGCUUCAGGUUACAGACUCCGCUGACCCAGAAAUAGUACCUCGGGUUAAGAACUUUGCUUCAGGAUGAGAACAGAAAUCGUGCUCCGGCAGCGUGGCGGCAGCAGAAGGCCCCAUUAGCUAAAGUGGUGCUUCAGGUUAAGAACAGUUUCAGGUUAAGAAUGGACAUCCGGAACGAAUUAAGUACGUAACCAGAGGUACCACUGUAUAUUAGAAAUUUUUAUAAAUUCCCCUAUACCCCCCACUCCCCUUCACCCAUGUGUGAUCUCAAUAUUUUUUUAACUUCUUCCAUCUUGUUGUGUUGUUGUAGUUUAAUAAUUAUUCAGUUGAUUCUUUUAUUAUUUCCUUGCUUACCCCUGCACGUUUUAUACAUUAUCUAUUAAUAUUCCAGUUCCGGAACCAUAUUUUUUCAUGUAUUCCCUCACUCCAUCCCACUCUUUAAUUAUUCUCUGAUUUGAAUGGCCUCUAGUGAUUGCUGUCAGUUUUGCCAUUUCCACAAACUCACCGGCCUUGCUUUGCCAUUCUAAUAAUGAUGGUAUUUUCUCCCCCUUCCAAUUCUUUGCGAUCAGUAUUUUCUGGCCACUGCUGUUGCAUAAAAGAAUAAAUUUUUCUUAUCUCUGGGGAUGUCAUUAGAUAUUAGGCCUAACAGAAAAGCCUCUGGCUUUUUGAUAAACGAAAUCUUAAAUAGUUUUUUCAGCAGGUGAGCAGAACCGUGUUGUGAACCUGCUUCCACCCUUGGGCUGCUGGUUGACCAUCUCUUGCAGCCUCUCCCAAGCCGCCUCCCCCCAGAUCGGCCUCAUCCUGACCAAGGCUCCUGGGAGUUGUGGAAUGGGCUCUGAUUUGGGGCAGGCCGAUGUCUCGGAUAAGUGGUUAGGGUUAGGGUUAACUCAAGCAUUUUUCUGUGUUAUUUUCCAGUAUAGCUAUGCAUGCGCCUCAUUAUAGCUGGAAAUGUCUGGAUUUUGCUUGGUUUUUCUUUGAAGCGACAACUUUCCAGCCCUGAUGACAAAGAGGGAAAUUUGAAAAUGUGCCAGGGUGUAUAGCAUCAGCUUAAGGCUCGGGUACCAGCACAGGAGAUAAUUACAGUCCUGGGCUUCCUACGUCAGGGAGAGUUGACAUCUUGUAGCUCUGCCCAAUUUCCUGAUCUAUAUUCCUGAUCUUUCAAUAGCUGAGUUCUGAAUGCAUUUACAUGUGUGUUAGUCAACCUUGUGUGCUUUUUUGCUCGCUUCCCCCACCCCCUUUAAAGUUUUAUAAGGGAACCACCAUAUUGCCCCAGUACAUAUCGCAACACUUUGGAUAUAAUCCCUCCUCAUCCCAGUGGCAGAAUAGAAACUGCGUUGGCUAUGAGAAGAAGGUGAAGUUUGCAGCCUUGACAGAGGAAAUAGGGCUAUGGCUUGAUUUAAAAGAUAUCUUAGUUGAGUGAGUUUCAUCAUUUAAUUGAUUGAUUAAAAGCAUUCACAAAGUUUUGCAGAUAAAAUCCACAGUAUUUUUAUAGGGGAAAAUAGGCCAUGAAUGCCACACGGUCGAAUUCUGUGGGACCUGCUUCUCAGUAGGCACGCAGAAGAUUGUGCUGUUGCCAUUUAGAUCAGAACUGGCUUGGAUGAUACAGUCAUGUUGUACGGGGGAGGCAUUCCCCAUUCUCUUCCAAGAUUGCGCUCACCUUCUGUUUUUGCAAGUGCUCGGUUUUACUUAAAAACUUUCCCAGGUAACUGAAGGUGGCAUUUUAAUCUAUUCACAGAUUCACUGUUGAAAAGUUGCCGCCCUAGCAAGCUGUCAUUGAAAGGCUGCAAUUGUUGGGGUCGCAAUAACUCUUGUAGCAUAGCUAGUAGACUGACCACCCCAUACCCAACCGCUUUGAAGUACUGUAAGCCCUACUGAGUUCAGUACGACUUACUCCCAGGUAAGUGUGUCGAAGACGGCAGCCAGAGCUGGGGACCAAGAAGGCUUUUCCUCUGCCGUGAAUUCUGUUGGUGGCUAGAGGGUGAGAGGCUCAGCUCCACAGUGGCGGCAAUAUUGGGGUGGUGAGAUCAUUCAUGUAGUUGGUAGUCUUUUGGCCUUCCCAAACCCACAAGCGUCUUGUAACACGAAAAGCAGACGAUGCAAUAGCUGCUCAGCAAGUGUCUCCCGUGGCUGGUCUUGGCCAGUUUUUCAGCCUUACCUUGCCAAAUUAACAUGCAGAGUUUUUGUAGGUCGAGGCGCGGCUCCAGAUAUUGACAUACUCCUGCUCCCCCCAGCAUCACCAGUCAUCCCCGGUGAUGCUCCAACAACACCUGGAAUCGCCUAACUGCAUAUGUAGCCUUGGUAACACCUGGAGGGCCACAGAUUCCCCACCCCUGCCGUUGAAGAAUAGCUUCAGCCUUAAAUUCACAGUGCUUUGAACCGUCAGGAAAAGUGCUGCACAACUUUGGAACUUUUCUAUUACACCCAGAAAGAACUGUGGGGUGUCUUAAAUCAGCUUCAGAGGAGACUUUUCUCUGUAGAGCUGCUGCCUUCACAACCAUGCUGCUUUUGGCAGUGCGGCUUUUGGGAAGCCAGCCAAGACGUGGGCUGUUAAACUCCCUGAGGUGUCAGGGGUUUCUUUUCAACAGAACCCUCUCCUGUGUCUUAAUUGAAUUCAUCUAUGGGGAUUUUUUUCUCUCUCCCUGCAAGAACCAGAAAUUCUUUCUCCAGUCUUAUCGUUCUUUGCCUGUCCUGUAGCUCAUAGCAGAGCUGAUCUAAACUUUAAUAUCCUUUUUCCUGUCCUGGUUCAUACUGCCCAGCAACCAGAUUGCAGCUGUUUUCUUCCAUUUCAUACAGACUUCUUUUCUUUAAAAAAAUAUAUUUACAGCACCAAUACAAACAACACAACAAUUUCCCUGUCCGCCUGACUUUAUUCCCCUUCACUUUUUGCCAUUCUGUUCUCAAAGAGGGAGAGAGGGCCCUGCUAGAUCAAACCGAUCCACUUGCCCUGUAUUCUGUCUCCCAAAUGCAGCCACCCAGAUCUCUCUGAGCUUUCAAAACUUUCAAUGUUGGUGACACACUUUUUAGACAUGCAUCAUUUCGCGACACCGUAAUUCAGUUUUACUAGCAAACCGAAGGUUAAAUGAACGCCUUUCCAGCCUGGGGAGCACGGGGAGAAUUUGUGCGACACACCUACACACUGCAGCCGACACACUAACGUGUCGUGACACACAGUUUGGAAAGCCCUCCUCUAGGGAGCUCACGGACAGGGUGUGAUGGUGAUGCUAGCUGCCCUUGUGUGUGUUUGUUCUUCUGAGGCUUUGCUGACAUCCUCCUUCUCCUCAUCAGUACUAAUUACAACACCAAUUCUCCCUUGCUUGUGUUUCCAAAAUGGCACCACCUAUUCACAAGAGGCAGGUAUCCUCAGCCUUCAGGGAACCCUGAGGUUUGCCGAAGUGUCAGAAAUAUUCCGGGGGCAAAGCCCUAAAGAGAGGGAAACGGCUCACUCGCCCCCUUCCAAAGGUUCCUUCUGUACUCUGAUCAGCACCUGAGGCCUUGCAUGAGACACAACUGGCAGCUCCCAGGGGCGGGGCCUUUUCUGCGGUGGCCUCCCCCUUGGGCAAUGCCCUUUCUCGUGAGAUCUGCCAGGCCUCGGCACUGUGCUGUUAGGCAGCUGGAUAGAACAAGGAAGGUGUUUGGCUGAGUCUUUGUUAUGUCAGUGCUGCUCUAGGUAGUUGUUUUAGGAAUUAAUUUCAUCUGUUGUUUUUUGUGUGGGUCAGUUUUCUGUAGUGCAUGAUGUGGGAAUCAGGAUACUGGACGAGGAAGGCCUUAUGGUCUGAGCAGGUAGGACUUCUGCAGUGGUCCUGCCUCGCGCUGACAUGGUGCCCUGACUGAGUCCUCGAAAGAGAGACCCCACAGGUCCUCAAGGACCUUGAGAUGCAGGUGGUUGUCUACCGGAACCUGUGCUGAGGGUUCUCUUUGAGGGUCCUCUGGCAUGAGACCUUCUGAAGAUCCUUGGAGCUGUCAGAGGAAAAGGUGGAGCCUCAAUAACCCUCUGCUUUCCAGCAUUCGAGCCUCUUGCCGCCGCCACUAUGUUGAUGCCUAAAAAACCCCGCAUUGCCAUCUACGAGCUCCUUUUUAAGGAGGUGAUGGUAGCUAAGAAAUAUGUUCAUAUGCCUAAACACCCAGAACUGGCAGACAAAAAUGUGCCCAACCUCCACAUCAUGAAAGCAAUGCAGUCGCUGAAAUCUCGUGGUUACGUGAAGGAGCAGUUUGCAUGGAGGCGUUUCUACUGGUAUUUGACCAAUGAGGGCAUCCAGUACUUGAGGGACUAUCUGCUGCCUGAAAUUGUGCCUGCCACCCUGCGUCACAGUCGUCCUGAAACUGGACGACCCUGGCCAAAAGGUUUGGAGGGCGAGCGUCACACGGGGAGAGGCUGACAGGGACACCUACAGACGCAGUGCUGCUCCUCCUGGUGCUGACAAGAAGGCAGAGGCUAGAGCUGGGUCAGCUACUGAAUUUCAGUUUAGAGGUGGCUUUGGGCGUGGAUGUGGUCAACCACCUCAGUAGAAAUCUGAUGCUGUUUGGUUGCAAUAACCCUGCGGGCUCCAAGAGGGCCCAGGUCAAAGAGCAAAGGCAUGGCACAUGUCCAGAGGCCCAGAGUCCUUGCACUGCUUGUGCGUAAGGGAUCUACUCCCGAGUGAGCCAUCCCUGGAAUUCCUUUCCUACCAGCAGCUGGGCUUAGGGUGUGGCAUAGAGGUCUCUUGAGCCUUUUAGUUGCUGGAAACAGCACCGGCCUCUGGCUCCUUCUCCUUGCUGAACUCCCUGUGAUACAGACCUUGCUUCUGCAUCCCGUUGUUGUGAGCAGUGUUAGAAACUCAGAUAUAUAAGCUAGGUGCCAAACCCUCCUUCAGCCAGGGUUACAGUGGCCAAAAUGGAAUGCCUAGCUGCAAUUUUGGGGCCAGACGGCUUGAAAGUAGCAUUUUUCAGUGCAAUUUCUGCUUCCUGAAUUUCAGAUUGUGCAGAUACAAUAGAGCGGAUAGAAUUCUACAGGAUGUGUUGCUAGAGUGUGAAAGCAGGCAAGACCCACAGAUCCCCAGCCAUGCACCUCCAGAUAGGGGAGACACAAGGGGCCUUCUGGGAGCCCGGGCAUCUUCACUUGGCCGCAAGUGGCCGAUAACCAGGUGCAGAACGGUUCACUGAGGCUCUGCUGCACCCUGGGUCCCACUCUCCCGGAUAAACGCUUUUACCUCCUUGGACAGAGGCCCUGGCUCUGCAGGGAACCUCCUGGAACGCAGCCUCACAGACCCAGCCACGAAGCGAGCCUGAGAGCGCAGCGCGGCCCUGCGCACCUUCCUCCUAGAUGCUUGAGGGGCUCUCCAUUAAUUUCCCCCUAGAUGGAGCUGUGGCUUCGUGCUAAAAGCUCCGGAACGCCUCUCCACCCCCCACCCCAACCCGCUAAUUCUGCAGGGUAAGUAUUUUUCUCCACCACCAGCAUCAGCAGCCCCUGUCGUCGUCGCUCGUUCUCCACUGCAGAAGUCACGCCAAGCAAAGAAUCCCAAUGACUUGCGAUAACGGCACUUGCUGCACGGUGCGUUGAGCACAAGUGUUUGCAGAGGCGGCCCUCUCCCCGCCCCUCCUGCCGAACCUGCUGGGAGCUGGAGGGCGGCGUUAAAAGAAACGUUUGUGUUGCAGCAAGUGUCCUUUUGGACCCCCCGCCCCCAGGUACCUGUUUUAUUCAGCACAAGCUCUGCAGAGGCUUGUCUUUUCAAGGACAGGGUGUAUGUGGGAGAAAGAGAGCGUGCAAGCUAGUUACACCCAUGAACAAUUACCAACCGCAGCAGGCAUGCCUUUAAGAAGCAGCUGACGCAGGAGAAGCCGGGGGGGGAGGCUCUGACAUGCCGAACGCCGGCCGUGUGAGUGUCGACUCGUGGCAAGUCAUACGUGUGCAUUCUGCAGAGAAGGGAAGGCAGGAGCUCUGAGCGCUGAGAGGGCGAGAGGGAUCAGCAGUCCAAAUGGUGUGCCCGGUUCGAUUUAACAACCUGAUCUCAUUAUUGAGACUUGCGCUUCAUUCAGCAUCAGCAGAAAGGGGGGCAGCCAGCACGGAAAACGAGGUUUUCUGUUGUAAAUGGCAGAAGACCUGGGGGUGGGGUGGGGGGCUGGCUGGCUGGGACUGGAUGUGGAGAAGCAGGGAGAUCUAGAAAGGGGGUGUGUGCUGUGGGGCUUGGAAAAAGGAAGGGAAUUGGGAAGAGUGGGAUGUCAGAAGGAUGUCAUCAGAGCCCUUGUUGGAGCAGAGGAAAAUAUUUGUUUUUAUUUCUUUUUGUUGUUAUUUGUCUGGAAAAGAUUUAUAGGCUGCCUUUAAGAGCAUGCUCUCUCAAGACGGUUUCCAUCAUGAAAUAUUAAAAGCGCAAUAUGACACAAUCUGAAUUAUCAUGCACAAGUGAAACCUUCAAUAGCAAAACACAUUCCUGCUUCUCCCACCUGAAAAAGCCCCACCUAAAAUAAAGUCGCUAUCCAUGACCCCAGACCCUCGGCAGAGAGGGGAGGCAACCUGUAGGUAGGGCAGGAUGAGUGCCAAUCCUGGAGAAUUUGCCUGAAAUCCUGGAGAACGCUGCCAGACAGUGUAGAGAAGACUGACGUAAAUGGUGACUCUGUACCAGGCAGCUGCCCGUUCCUAAGGGAGGGAGGGAAUGCAUUUAUCUCCAUGCAUUAUUCUCCUGCACCUCUGUCGGAUCCCUCUGUCACCUCUCUCCAAGCCCCUAAACAUCUUGGCUUUCCCUCGCAGGAGAGAUUAUGAGAGAGGAAGAAAAACUUUCUCCAUGCCUUGAAUUUCCUUCGCAUUCCUAACACAUGGUGCAAAAGGUUUCCUUCAGUCCUGUUUUCAGGAAUAUUUAUCCUCAGUUGGUGGGUUGAGGCCAGUCUUUCACAUACUUAAAGGUGGAGUCACACAAGCACACUCACAAAAACCUCCGCCUUUUACCCCUUUAUGACUUUUAUUUUAAGAGAAGGCAGAAGCUGAGACAGACAGAAGGAAUUAAAUGUGGGCGUUAGAAACCUGGAGUAUCCCUAAGUACCCCAAAAGCAGCAGUCGCCACCUUCAUUUUUCAAACUUCUCCCUGAAACCAAGAGAGUGAAGAACUUGGCCGUUUUCAAAAUGAAAUCUUUGGCAGGGAACUGCUGGAUGUGCCAUUUUAACCUCGUUGGAAAUCAGAUUCCACAACUUGCCCUGGGAUUUAAACCAGAGAGUAAACGAGUGUUCCUUGGCAUGACGGAAGCAAGAGAAUCUGAGCCCAACCCCAGAGGAUUGCAGCCCAGCCCAGCCCCGUGGUUCAAAUAAACAAGGGCUGAAAUCUCGCCAAGCCAGAUCCAGUGUGCUUGUUCCAGGAACAUAUAACACUCACAGGGCAUCCCCUCCAGGCUUUUGUGGCCUGCACAUCAUUUCCCUAUUGCUGCCUGCCAUCAUUCCUUGCAUUUGCUGGCCUGGCAACACAUAGCUGGUGUGUGUAAGAGAGAGAGAGAGAGACUUUGGGCUGUCUUGGGGCCUGUUUUGUACAGAUUUGAGGAAAUGUCAGCCAGAAUAAACAGAUCACUAAAGGAAGUUGGUCUUGGUACGCUCCCAGGAGGUUGAAGGGCUCCUUGCUUUGCUCUGUUGUGAUUGGUCCCUUGUCCUGUGGAACUCACUGCCACAGGAGGCUGUGACAGCCACCAACUUGGGUGGCCUUAAAGAGAAUUAGACAAUGGAGGAGAGACCUAUUGAUGGCUGUUAGCCAGGAUGGCUGUGUUCUGUCUCCAUAUUUGGUGGAAGUGAUGCUUCUGAAGAUCGGUUGCUGGAAACUGCAGAGGGGAGAGCGAUGCCCUGGUGCUCAAAGGUUGCUUGCAGGUUCCCCACAGGCAUCUGGUCCGCUCCUGUGAGGACGGGAUGCUAAUCCAUCUCUUUGUGGCUUACACCAGGUCAGCCUGUUUCUCUGCCUUGCCCACUCUGACCGGCAGAGGCUUUCCUGGGCUUCAGGCAGAGCAGAACCUUUCUCAUCGCCUUCCAAACUGGAGAUGCCGGACACCAGACCUGGAAACUCCUGGCUGCAGAACCAGGCGCUCUGCCCUGGAGCCAAGUUCUCCUUGCCUGUGCUUGGCUCGCCUCCUGCUCCCCUGGGGUUGGCCUGAGCCUUCCUCUCUGAGCAAUUAUUCUGCCUUGCCCUUUGGUUGGAUGCCUUGGGCAAGCCGCAGGGCCCUUCAGACUGCACGGUCAUGUGGCUUUCCUUGCUCAAGGACGGCCGAGGGAGCUGCUGGGUAAGAGCAGAGUGGAAUUGCCUUCGGGUCUUUUUGCUUUCCCCUGACAUGGCUGCCUUCAUGUGCCCAGUGCCAUCUUUGGGGCUUCCCUGGUCUGAGUCCCAGCAUGCUUGGCAAGCUCAUUCUUCAGUUCCCCUGCAUGCACACUAGAGAGAGAGGGAGAGAGAGAGAGAGAGAUAUUAUUUUUGCCAUGGCAUCCAAGAACCCAAGGUGGAAAGCUGUCUGCUCUUGCCUCAGCACAAGAACCAAGAUCUUCCGGUUUCCAGGCCCAUCCCUGUCACUGAUGGGCUCUAGGAUGGUCAAACUCCUGCUGCUUCCCGGUCUCUGACAGAGUUGAGAUACGGAAACCUGCCAAAGGAGAGCCAAGAGCCUAGACCAGCGGUAGGCAACCUAAGGCCCGGGGGCCGGAUGUGGCCCAAUCGCCUUCUCAAACCGGCCCUCGGAUGGUCCGGGAAUCAGUUUGUUUUUACAUGAGUCGAAUGUGUGCUUUUAUUUAAAAUGCACCUCUGGGUUAUUUGUGGGGCAUAGGAAUCCGUUCAUAUUUUUUUUUUUCCAAAAUAUAGUCUGGGCCACCACAUGGUCUGAGGGACAGUGGACCGGCCCAUGACUGAAAAAGGUUGCUGACCUCUGGCCUAGACGGUCAAACCAAGAAUUGGAGGUGCUCAGAGAGCGUAAGAAGGGCCCACUGGAUCAGGCCAAUGGCCCAUCUUUAGUCGAGCAGCCUGUUCUCCCAGUGGCCAGCCAGGUGCCCAUGGGAAACCUGCAAGCAGGAUCCAAGCACAAGAGCCGCUCUCCCCUCCUGUGGUUUCCAGCCACUGGCAUUCAGCAGCAUUGCUGCCUUCAGUUGUGGAGACAGGACAUAGUCAUCAUGGCCAGUAGCCAUCCAUAGCCCCCUUCUCCUCCAUGAUUUGUCCAAACCUCUUUUAAAGCCAUCUAAGUUGGUGACCUGUUGUUAUUGUCCAUGGAGUUUUUGAGUUGGCAUCUCAAAAAGCAGAGACGUUACCUUGUCGACAAAGGUCCGUAUAGUUAAAGCUCUGGUUUUCCCAGUAAUGAUGUAUGGAAGUGAGAGCUGGACCAUAAAGAAGGCUGAUCGCCGAAGAAUUGAUGCUUUUGAAUUCUGGUGCUGGAGGAGACUCUUGAGAGUCCCAUAGACUGCAAGAAGAUCAGACCUCUCCAUUCUGAAGGAAAUCAGCCCUGAGUGCUCACUGGAAGGACAGAUCCUGAAGCUGAGGCUCCAAGACUUUGGCCACCUCAUGAGAAGAGAAGACUCCCUGGAAAAGACCCUGAUGCUGGGAAAGAUGGAGGGCACAAGGAGAAGGGGAUGACAGAGGACCAGAUGGUGGGACAGUGUUCUCGAAGCUACCAACAUGAGUUUGACCAAACUGCGGGAGGCAGUGGAAGACAGGAGUGCCUGGCAUGCUCAGGUUCAUGGGGUCACGAAGAGUCGGACACGACUAAACGACUAAACAACAAGAAGUUGGUGACCAUCACUGUCUCCUGUGCGAGGAAGUUCCAUAGUUUACAUGCUGCAUGAAGAGCCUGGAGGUGAAGCUCAAGCUAGAGGAAGGUCUAUUUUUCCACCGGCCAAGUCCUGACGUGGCCUUGGAAGGCUACUUUAUACUGAGCCAGACCACUGGUCCACCUCACUCAUUGUCCGCACCAGCCGUCUAGAUGUUUUGGACUACAACUCCCAUCAGCCCCAGCCAGAAGGUUGACCCUGAUUGGCAGGGACGCCUCCAGGGUGGGAUCUUUCUCAGCCCUGCUGGGAAACACCAGCGGUUGGACCUGGGAUCUCAUGCAUACAAAGCGGGGUGUUCUAUCACGGAGUAACGGUCCCUCUCCAAAGGAAGGGGAAACUCUUUGCAGCCCAGGGAGAUGCACUGCCCAGUAGCUGAGCGCAGCAUCAAGUUUGCUGACUCCAGCCAUGGCAGUCUCUUUUGAGAGAGCUCUAGAAGCAGGACGGACUUUAGGUCCGGACUCUGUCCCAAAGAGUAGAUGGAAAGUGCCUCUGGGGCAGGUGCAGAGUGCAGUUCCUCCAUUGCUGCGUCAAUCAUGAGAACCGCCCAUGUAGCAGGGAUGAUGAGGCGUAGUUUUCAAAUCUGGUGAAGGAUAUUUCCUAGGACCCUCGUACCUACGGGACCGCCUCUCCCGGUAUGCCCUGUGGAGGACCUUAAGGUCCAUAAACAGCAACACCCUUGAGUUCCCGGGCCCUAAGGAAGUCGGAUUAGCCUCAACCAGGGCCAGGGCCUUUUCAACUCUGGCUCCAGCCUGGUGGAACGCUGUGUCUCAUGAGACCAGGGCCCUGCAGGAUCUGAUUUCUUUCCGCAGGGUCUGUAAGACAGAGUUGUUCUGCCUGGCCUUUGGCUUGGAAUCAACUUGAUUCCCUCCCCCUCUUUUUUCCUUCCUCCUUCUGUGAUGGAACUCCUAUUUGGGGACUUCCCUGGCUUUUUUCUGUCCCAUGUAGGACCAGUGUGGAAAGUUAGCCUUGGUGAAGACUUGACAUUUUCAUCCCCCCGAAAGCUUUUGAUUUGAGUUUCCAUUGAAAUGAGGCUGCAUUUUAAUGUUUUACUGUUGUAUUUUAAUCUUAUUUUAAAGUUGUAUUUCAUUCAAUUUGUUUUAUAUCAGGUGUUAGCCGCCCGGAGCCCAGUCUUGGCUGGGGAGGGCGUGGUAUGAAUAAAAUUUAUUAUUAUUAUUAUUAUUAUUGAAAUUAUUAUUAUUGAAAUACCAGUUUCUGGAAGCCACAGGGAGGGAAAGGGCUCUUGCGCACAGAUCCUGCUUGGGGCACCUGGUUGGUCACAGUGAGAACAGGAUGCUGGAUUAGAUGGGCCUGAUCCAGAAGGCUCUGCUUAUGUGCUUACGUUUUCUAGACGUGCCGGCUCUGCCCGUUAGCCUUUGCAAUGUGGGCGCACUCUGGCCUGCAGAGUGAGGGGGGGACUCCCUCCUGCCUCCCCAGGUUCUCUCCUAGCUCCAUCUCCUUCGCUUGCGCUCGGCCGCCCUCCCCUCCUGCUCCAGGGAUCGUACCCUUAAAAUAUUUAUCUUCUCUCUUCUGUCCCCCACUCCCUUUAAUUGUCGUUUAGUCAAGCUGUAAAUAUUUAAUUCUCAUCUCUCCCCUCCCCACCCCGAGGCGGCCCUGCAGCUCAUUAACUAUCGCCAUCCUCUCCUCCUCCUCUUCUCUGAAAUGCCCCUUCUUGUCCUGCGGGGAAGCGUGUGUGCAAGUCGGGCUUUUAUUCCGUGGCAUUCGGCCUUGGAUGCCAAAGCACAGGGGUGAGAGUCUCUGGAUUUGCCGCGGUUUCCAAUCUGAGCAGGCAGAGGGGGACUUCUGCCUCUUCUCUGCAGAUCCUGGGGAAAACUGGAUAGUGGGUUUGCUCUCAUGCAAAACAUGUCCCGGGACUUGUGCAUUCCUCGCUGCUUGCUCCUGAGUAGGUCCAAUUGUGGCUGCAGCUGAAGUCAGCGGGCAUCUGGGCCGCUGGAAGCAUUUGCUGGAGUUGGGGGGGGGGAAGCAAGGGGUCCAUGCUCACUUCGUGGGAGUCUUGUUAGUUCUGUGCUUUUUGCUGACCAUUCUCGGGGCACCAGAGGAUUUGCUAGAAGUCAUGCCAGCAGCCAGAGAAGGAACCAGGGCUGGCCAAGGUCAGAGUCCAAGCAGGUUGGGUGAGGAGAGAGGCAAGUCAGAGCAGUCCAGGGUCAAGGUUGGCAGAGGCAGGGAGCAGGCAGUGCCCAGAGCCUAGGCAUCGCUCCAGCCGCUCUCUGGUGGAAUUUUGAGUGGGAAUUGAUGGAGCCACACCCCAUCUGAUUCCUCUCCCCCUUAGCCCAGAGGUCUCCUUGAGAGGAGGGUCUUACUCCUGAGGCAUCCUUGCAGUGGUGAAAGAAGCUCGGCCGUCUGGGGCGGUGUGGAUCUGAGCCCAUGACCUUAUUGUUAUGAUGCGUCUGGGGAGACGGGGGCAAUUGGCAGGCCCCCAGCUGGCUCCAGCCCACCGGCCGGCAGCCGGGCGAACUCCUGUUCUUGGAACAGCAUCUAAAUUGCGAUUCAAGCCUCAGAGACCUUUAGAGACUGAGCAUGCAAGCUAGCAGAGAUAAGAACUCUUUGCAACAGAAGUAGCGGACAGAGGCAUAUGUAAGCAUAUUUACAAGCAUUUAUUCAGCAUGAGGACAAAGGAAAAACAUGUCUGCUUCCCUUUGUGUCCAAGCAAACAGCAGCAUAGGCAAAAGCUAUACACAACAGAAGUCCCCAGCAGACUGUGCUGGAAGGAAACAGACAUGUGACAUACAAGAACUCCACAUGCCUCUUCUAAAGGUGGAACGGAACUAUAUCCUAACGGUGCACCGCGGGGCCUCUGGAGUCUGCUUGCCUCCUCCCACUCUGCUGCCCUACAGCUGGGGGGGGGGAGGCAUCGGGUGGACCAUUUGGGCAGCACGGAGCCUGCGCGCGCACAAUCCACCACGUCUCUCCCAGGAGAGACGCAUGGCUUGGGCGCACUGCAGGCGCCGGGGUGAGUGCCACCCGGCAUUUUGUCACCCUUCUCGGUGGUGACACCAAGGGCAGACCGCACCCACCACACCCGCCUUCCUCUGCCCCCCGCACCCUUGCCUGGAGAGCACUUCUCUAGAUGGGCUGGAAUCCCAGCUGGCAUUUACAGCGCCAGUUCUCCCUCAGGCUUGGGCAGCCUCGGUGUCAGAGGCUUGCCCUUUUUGCAGGAUCCUGGCUCCCCAGCCCUGGACAGAGCCAGACAAGGCUUGGUGUGAGUCCCGUGUCUGGAACCUGACACUGUUCCUGUGGUCUUAGGGAUGUUGUCAGACUCCUCCUCCCACCACCCCGUUCCCUGUCCACUUUGACUGGUGGAAGUUGGGGUCCCGCAGUAUCCAGAAGGAGGCAAGUUUCCUUUUUUGUAUACAGUGGUACCUCAGGUUAAGUACUUAAUUCGUUCCGGAGGUCCGUUCUUAACCUGAAACUGUUCUUAACCUGAAGCACCACUUUAGCUAAUGGGGCCUGCCGCUGCGCCGCUGGAGCACGAUUUCUGUUCUCACCCUGAAGCAAAGUUCUUAACCUGAAGCACUAUUUCUGGGUUAGCAGAGUCUGUAACCUGAAGUGUAUGUAACCUGAAGCGUAUGUAACCUGAGGUACCACUGUAUAUAAAUUUUUAUUAGUUUUUUUAACAUGACAUUUUCAGCAAUAAUUAAACAUACUUUUACAUCUUAUUCAAUUUUUUUUUUACUUCCAUCAGUCCUGUCUGAAAAUUUUCCAAUCUAAUCUCUUAAUAUGCAUUUCUUAUUUUCCCUGUUACAUUUAAAACUCAUAACCAAUAUCUCUGUUCUUUAUCUACUUUGUAGCACUUCAUAUAUUCCUCCUUACAAAACUUCUUGUAGUCCCACUAGCGUAAUUUGUUGGUUACAGUUGCUCUUCAAAUAAUUCAUAUACUUCUUCCAGUCUUCUGUGAAUCUCUGGUCCCGCAGGUUUCGAAACCUUCCUGUCAUUUUGUCCAAUUCCGCAUAGUCCAUUAUUUUCGUCUGCCAUUCUUCUUUCAUCGGAAUUUCUUCUUGCUUCCAUUUCUGGGCUACCAAUAGUCUUGCCGCUGUUGUUGCAUAUAAAAACAAUUUAACAUCUUGCCAGGAGGCAGGUUUCCAAUCCGUUUUCUAUCCAGUGGCAGUCCUUGCGCCGGUUCUCUUUGGAACAUGCGUGCCUUGUGUUAGGUGAAAUAAGUGUUGUGUGUGUGUGUUUUUAAGGGCGGUGGUGGGGAGAUGAAAGGGGUGCCUGCCUGGCUCUCGGGGGAGGCCGGCAGUUUGGGGGUUCAGCAUCAGCCUUGGCGGCCCCCCUCAAGAACCAGCUUCCCAGACGGAGAGGAACUGUGGCACAUCCUUCAGCAUCAGAGCAGGCAGCUGCUCCCUGGACUCACCUGAUUCCCAGGGCCAAGAGGAUUCUGGGAUGCAGGGCAGCCUUCCCAGCGCAGCCGGCUGGUCUGUUUUCACCCAGGGAGCAGGGAAAGGAUCCUGGUCCGCCAGGCGUGCCGCUGCAUCUCUGCGAGGCCUGAGAGCAGCCAUAGCUCAGCUGCAGAGCAUCUGCCUUGCAAGCAGAAGGUCCUGGGUUCAAAACCCCACCAGGUAGGGCCGGGACAGACACUCUGCCUGAAGCCCCAGAAGUUUAGGCAGGGCUGCACUAGGUGGACCAAAGGUUUGUCUAAGGCAGGAGCAUCUUGUGUUCUUCCAGUGUAAACAAUGGUCCUGGAACGGCAUUUCGUUUAAAAAUUACUUCCCUGCUGUGCCCCCCUUUCCCUUGCCUGCCUCCCCCCCUCCUCCCCCCCCCAUUCCUUCCUGACCUUGAGAAGGCUCCUGCCCUCCUCCUCCUCCUCCUCGGUCGCUGCUUGCUUGCCGUGGGCCAGCGGCUGAUGCGGCUGCCAAACCCCUCUUUGCUAGCCUAAGCAUGUCUGCUGGCUGGGUCCCCGCCUCCGAUUGCGGAAGGCUUAAUGUAUCGCUGGCGUAGUGAAUCAUUUAAGAUCUCGUUCCAGCUUUCAUUGUCUGUUUGGCUUCCUGCUCUCUUGGAACCCUCGAGUGAGGCUGUCACUUUGAAUUAAUAAUAAAGGCUGGCCGGGGGGGGGGGGAGGAGGGAGAGGGCUCCUCCUUGGCUUGCGUUACUCAAGAGCGCAGACGGGCACUUGUUGAAAUGCGGCUGUUGGGGGUGCGGUGGGGGCCGAUACUUGCUAACUUCCACUUUCAGUAGUGGGGAGGGCGACACACACACACACACACACACAGAGCAGGUUGUUAUGUAAUCAAAGGGUCCUGCAGAGGAGUCACGUGCCUUAUUUAAUUUGCUUGGCUCAUUUAUUUAUUUGAUUUUUACCUUGCCGCUCAUCUCCAAAGAGCUCCAGGGUGGUGCAAGGGGUUCACCGCUCCAGAAUAUAGCCGCAAUGGGGGGCGGAAACUGCGCAUAAUUUGAGAUUUCGACAAGGGCUGGAGCCUCCAGACACUUUUUAUAUCAUUUUGGCACUCCUUUAUUACAUACACAACGGAACAGUCAUGUUCAUGACAUGGCUCGCCACAAGCCUGGCAGAUCUGGAAUGAUGCCUGAUAACCGGAUAGCGCUAAUAUUGGACUUUUGUUAUUUUAACCCACAUGUGACGGCACUCGUUCUGUGUGCCUAUUUUAGGGUUGUCGUCAUUAUUAUUAUCUUAUUAUGUAUUAAAUUUGUAUGCCGCCCUUCAUCCGUAGGUCUCAGGGCAGUUCACAACAUAAAAAUACAGGAUUAAAAAAAAUAAAAUUCCUUCCAGUAGCAUCUUAGAGACCAACUAAGUUUGUUCUUGGUCUGAGCUUUUGUGUGCAUGCAUACUUCUUCAGAUACACUGAAACAGAAGUCACCAGACCCUUAUGUAUAGUGAGAGGGUGGGGAGGGGUAUUACUCAAAAGGGUGGUGGAAAUGGGUGAUUGGCUGAUAGGUGUGGUAAACCAGUUGACGACUGUUAACUGUUAAGGACUGCAAUUGGUCUUAUAGGAAAAAGCAAGGGAUGAGAUGGCUAAAAAUGUCUCUCUUCAGACCAGGUCUCUCCAUGGUUUUAAGUUUGGUAAUAAGUUGCAAUUCAGCAACUUCUUUUUCCAGUCUAUUUCUGAAAUUCUUUUGUAGUAAGACAGCUACUUUGAGAUCUUGUAUAGAAUGUCCUGGGAGAUUGAAGUGUUCUCCUACUGGUUUCUCUGUCUUGUGAUUCCUGAUGUCAGAUUUAUGUCCAUUUAUCCUUUGGUGUAGGGUUGGGCCUGUUUGUCCAAUAUAGAGAGUUGAAGGGCACUCUUGGCAUGUAACUAGGAUGAAAAAAGAAAUAAAUGCAUAAUAAAAACAGGAGCAGACCCAAUUUCAUAUUUUUGUUUUCAUUUGUUGUUAUAACUGUUCUAUCUGUUUUAUAUAAAUUGAAAUCGAAACAUUUUACAAGAAAAAACAAACCGAGAGGCAGUGACUGGCCCAAGGUCACCCCCAGUGUACUUACUUCAUGGCCAAGUGGGAAUUUGAACCCUGGUCUCUCCCAGGUCCUAGGCUGGCACUCAAACCUCUUCACCACCCAGGGCUUAUCUAUUCAGGUGUGUUUCUAAAGCAGGCAUAGGCAAACUCAGCCCUCCAGCUGUUUUGGGACUACAACUAUCAUCCCUAGCUAACAGGACCAGUGGUCAGGGAUGAUGGGAGUUGUAGGCCCAAAACAGCUGGAUGGCCGAGUUUGCCUGUGCCUGGUCUAAAACUCCUGUAUUCCUCAUGCUCUCGUGUGUGGCCCUUGCCUUCAUCUCCAGAUGGGUGCAAGGUGCCUGCCUCUAGCAUUUGCUGGAGCAGGCGAGUGUGAAUGGUUGAAGAGCCACCCCUGGCUCCAUCCCUCAUCCACAGCUCCAGUUUUAAGGACUGCGGAAGAGAGCGGCGGCUGCAGCUCCCUUGACUGGAAGGCGCCUCCAAAAGGUCUAGCACCCCCUUGCUCUGCCCGUAUGCCUGCGCAGUGUCGUGGCAGAGGGUUGCCAUGAUCUGCGUUCCCAUCCCAGUUUGGCCAUGAAGCGCAGCAGCUCACUGGGGGCCAGUCUUGUGUACACUACCCAGUGGGGCGGCUUUGAAGAUAAACUGCAAAGUUGCAGGGGGAAAGCCGUGUGCAUCUCUUGCAAGAAGGGCAGGCAGGUAGCUUUUUUUAAGGCAAACCCUCAAAUUUCACACUGGUGUACAGAAACUCAGAUUCUGCAAUCGGUGCGUUGAAGCGGCAUUUCGGGUUUUUGCAAAUACCUUUGAUCGAGACUGUGGCGGACGACAGGAAGUGUUUUAGAGGGCAACCUCUGCCAUUUGUACUGGAUCGGUUUCGGUUGUUGUGAUCCGAGGGCGCAGACAAGCUGCGUGAAGAAGCGCAGUGUUUGUUUUUAAAUGCGUGUCAUCCGCCUUGAAGAGGUGGCUCUGCACCCCCUCCUUAAGAGGACCUCCCUGGACCCAGAAGCAUCAAACAGCUUCCACCAGUGGCAGAUAUCCCCCUCUUGGGGCAAGGGGCUUCAGAGGAUGGGGCAGUCCGGCUUCAGGCAUGCUUUGAAGAGACUGAAUGUCUGGAUCCAUUGCCAUCUGACUUCAGGCAAUGAAACUGCCUUAGUUGCCCGGGUUGAUGGCAUUUGUCUGACAUGAGAUAGCUAGUGAGCGGCCCUGCCCGUUCUUCUUGACCAGGGGUCAGCAAACUUUUUCAGCAGGGGGCCAGUCCACUGUCCCUCAGAUCUUGUGGGGGCGACUGGACUAUAUAUUUUUUUGGGGGGGGAAUGAACGAAUUCCUAUGCCCCACAAAUAACCCAGAGAUGCAUUUUAAAUAAAAGGGCACAUUCUACUCAUGUAAAAACAUGCUGAUUCCUGGACUAUCCAUGGGCCGGAUUUAGAAGGCGAUUGGGCUGGAUCCGGCCCCCGGGCCUUACUUUGCCUACCCAUGUUCUUGACCUUUCAGUGGCUUUCAAUACCAUUGACUAUGGUGUCCUCUUGGAGCAGCUCAAGGAGUUUGGCAUUUGUGCUUCUGUGGUCUUUCCCCCCACCUCCAGGGCUGUUCCCUUGCAGUAGAUGUGGGAAGCCACUGCUUGACGCCAUGGGAGCUUCUCCAUGGUGUCCCACAGAAUUCCUUCUUGCUCCCCAUGCUAUUUAACAUCUACAAGAAGCCUCUGGGAGCUGUCACCAAGAGAUUUGGAGUUAGGUGUCGCCCAUAUGCAGAUGACACCCAGCUCUGUGUGAUGGCCUGGGACUCGGAACCAGAGGAGACUAGUCUGCAUCGGAUCCUUUGCCUCAGGCAUCAUCUGAACCAAGUCUGGGGCCUGAUCCUGAAGAGCCCCAGUCUGCACAGGUUCCCCUGCAACAAACACCAGCUGGGCCGAGUCAGGGGCCUCAGCCUGCCCUGGCUCCAGAUGCGGGGACUACCUCGUUGCCUCCAGCUAGGCCAUCACUUAGAGCUGCUCCACUACCGGUUGGGUCAGGGGAGGCUGAGGUGGCCCCUGGGUCUAGUAACCCACUGACAUCUCCUGAGCUGCAGAGACGAAGGCCUGUGAGAAGGAGAGACCUGAGUACUUGCAGGAGGAGUGCUCGCCUUCAGGUGAGGCAGGGAGGUGAGUCGCCGGGGGAUCAGGACCGGCCGCUACCCCGAAAAAGAUAAAAGGCUGUCGGACCCCGCCACAGGUUGCGGGAGCAACAUUGAUGUAUGAGAGAUCCUGCCUGAGAUCCUGUACCUGUCUUUGCCUGGUUUCCUGCCUCGUGUCCUGCCUUGGCCCUGUCGGACUGACUCCUAGCGGAACCUCCGGAUUCUGGACCGGUCCUGGACCGCGUUUCACGGGUUACCCCUGGGGCCAGCACACUCUGUAUCUAUCUCUGUGUUCCAUCUGAAUCCUGAGAGGCGGCUGAGGUGCUGGACAGGUGCUUGCAGGCAGUGAUGGGCUGGACGUGGGCCAGCAGAUGGAAACUGAAUCCUGAACAGACAGAGGUGUUACGUGCUCCAGGUUCUCGAGUCCAGGUGGGAAGGUAGCAGUUCUGGCUGGGGUUUCACGCUGUUUGUAUCUUGCCAGGGGGUGGGGAUACUCCGGAUCCAACAGUUUCCAGGUGCAGCUGGUUCUCUAGCUAUGACCGCUUUGGGGCAGAGAUGACUUGGCUAUGGUUCACCCCACACUGCUGACUUCCAGACUGGAUUAUUGCAACGCGCUCUGUGUGGGGCUGUCCUUGAAGACAAUUGCCUCCUUCCCUGCAGACCUUCUUGGAUGUUAAGAUCGGCAGAGGGGAGGCCAUCUUGGUAAUUCAGAAGUUUGGGGGGGGGGAAUCUAGGAUGCUUAGUUAAGUCUGCAGCCCUGCCAAGCCUCUCAGUCUGCACAUGACGUCCACCUGUUAGCAAGCUUUUCUCCACAACCGUUGCAUAGAGAGUGUUGCGAAAGUGAUGCAGAGAUGCCUUUGACAACCCCCAACAGGAAUGAGAGAUCAAAACUUGAUGCAGUUCUCAAAGCACUGCAUCUGUGCUCUCCUCAAAACAUGCCAAGGGCACUUCCAAAUCCCCACCUUCCUCCCCUUAGCUUCUCUGUGGCCAGCCCAAAGCUCCCAUCCCCUGCCAUAUUCUCUGGGGGUGAUAUUUUGGGUGGUGCCAGUUGCAGGGUACAGCGGCAUUCGCUAGUUCCUCUCCUCUCUCCCUCUGUUUCUGAAGUCUGGGUCAGGGCAGCCCCUUCCUCUGCGCCCGGAAGCUUUGCCACGGCACCCUGUUUUUGUUAACGUUCCCCACUAUGUAUGCAGGAGGGGGAAGGCAGAACAAGAGGCAUCAACCGUCGCCGUAAUGUGUUUCCCAAGUAGAAAUUAAGCUUAAUUGGCCAAUUAUUGAAAUAACUUCUUAAUUUGCGGAAGAUGUUGGAAAACAACUUCCCAGUCUGUUUGAGCUUGUUGUGGCAGCGCCCGGCCUUGAGAUUUGAUAAGGUUGCUCUGGCUGCUUCCCUUUGAUCCUUGCCACCCCCAGCUGCCCGCUCCCAUUUUCCUUUUUUAGGAAGUGGCUUCUUGGGUAUCAUUCUUGGCGCACGUCCAAUGCCAUCUAUUCUGAGAUCACAAAGCUUUCUGAAUGUAAGAAUUCACCUCGAUAGCAUAGCUCACUGUCAGAGGGGAGUUGUGGGAGGAGAGAGAGCGAGAGAAAGAAAGAAAGAAAGAAAGAAAGAAAGAAAGAAAGAGAGAGAACAAUGUACUUCUGCAUCCACAGAGGCUGCCCUGCAGCUGUGGGCUUUCCUGUGUGCCCAGGUGGCAGCUCCCCAUGCUUGGAGGCUUGGCACCUAUGGGCCAAACAGGUGCCGUAUCUAGCCAUCUCUGCACCCGGGGCCGGCUCCCAUUUCUCUGCCCCCUGAUGCCCAGAAGCAGCACUGGGGUGAGUUGAGUGUGGUUGUCGUGCUCCGAAGAUCCUGCUGCUGCCACUUCAGUUUCUUGACCAGCUGGGCUGAUCUUGUUGGUUUGGGCAAUGCGCACGUUUACGUUUGUCCUCGUAUCUUUUAGUGGUGUCUGUUCUUCUUUCUGCUGUUCGUCGAUAAAUUGCUUGAUAGAGAGAAUCCCUGGAAAGGAUUUUAACUGGUGCUGUCACCUGGCUAGGGGAAUCGGUCAGUUUGAUUGCAUGAGCUUUUAAGUUGACUCUGGGGGCCAGAAAGGAGGAUUACAAUAAUGUGCUGGAGUAAUAAGGUUUGGGAGAAUCUGAAACCACUUGUGUCACUUGGAACUCUUGUGAUAUUAAUUUAUUGUAUUUGAUUUGGGUAUGGAAAUCUGUUCCUAUAUGUUUAGUUCUAGAUAUAUCUUUAUAAGGAAGAUUAGACAAAUUUGUGGUGGAUAAGGCUACUUGCUAUGAUGGCUCUGCUUUGCCUCCAAUGCUUCUGAGUACCAGUUGCUGGAAACCACAGGAGGGGAGAGUUGCUCUUGUGCCCGGGACCUGUUUGAUCCCCGGCAUCUCCAGGUAGGUUUGGAAAACCUUCUCUUUCUCUGUGGCGAUCCCUCGUAGCUGAGUAAGAUUGUCUUCCAUGAACCCGGUCUUAACUGUGAGUCCUUAAGUGACUGUGGAGGCCAAUUCUGGAUCCACACGUCCUUCCACAGUGGGGACAUUGGUUCCCAGGCGGGAGUUGCUCACAGUGUGGAUUUGCCAAGCGUGCCUUCCUCUUAGCACGUUUCUCCCUUGCGUCCUGAGUUCUAGCGUCUUCAAAGCCCACAACACCUUUGGUAAAGGCUGUUCUCCAACUGGAGCGCUCGCAGGCCAGUGUUUCCCAGUUGUCGGUGUUUAUACCACAUUUUUUUAGAUUAGUCUUUAAACCUCUUUUGUUGACCACCAGCAUUAUGCUUUCCAUUUUUAAGUUUGGAAUAGAGUAGUUGCUUGGGAAGACGAUCAUCAGGCAUCCGCACAACAUGGUCAGUCCAACAAAGUUGAUGUUGAAGAAUCAUUGCUUCGACACGGGUGAUCUUUGCUUCUUCCAGUACACUGGUAUUAGUUCGCCUGCCUUCCCAAGUGAUGUGUAAAACUUUUUGGAGACACCGUUGAUGGAAUCUUUCGCGGAGUUGGAGAUGGUGUUUAUAAGUGGUCCACGUUUCACAAGCAGACAGUAAGGUUUGGAAAAUACUCCCUACCUCGCAAGGUGGUGCUUGUCCACGUGGGAAGGUAGCCCAACUAGGAGAAAGAAAACACUGAUUCUAAAACCUCCGCUGCCUUGCAGGACAUCUUUGGGAGAAGAAAAGGCUAAGGAGUAAGCCCUAGACAAAUCUGGAGUCCCUAAGGCGGUUGGAUGGCACCUUGUAUGUCUCCCUCUUGCAACUCCAAGCUGGUGCUAAACAAAUGGUUGUGCUUCCUUUGGAGCACAUCAGCGAGGCUGAGAGGGGGGUCUUGUCGGCUGGGCAGCCCAGGACCUCCAGACACACGGCCCAGGCUUGCGCCCCAAGGAGGCCACUUUGUGGGUGCUGCAAACACAGCUGUUUGACUUCACCUCCGAAGGUGCACUCUAUUGUCUCUCGAGACAGACGGGUGCCAACCAAAGCUGGGUACUUUUGUGGACGUAUUUGCAAGUCUUGAUUAUGAUAUACCUUCAGUUUUAGGGCUUGUACUUGCUGGAGGUGAUAUGAUCGCGUUCUCCUCCUUACCCAGUAAAGACAAAUAGUCCUUGCGUAUAGAAAACUACUGUAUUAAGGGAGAAGGCUGGGCUAGACGUUUUGUCCCUGACAUGCUACAUGUCUCUAUGCAGCAGACAUUUUGGUACAAAGAACCUUCCCCCUGAUACUCAUAAACAUGAGUUUUUUGAAUAUGUUUGAUGAAUCUGGCAUAUUUAUCAAUGUAUGUGGCCAUCUGUCAAGGAUUCUUUUGUUGUGAUUCCUGCAUUGUGGGGGGCUGGACUAGAGGAUCUCUGGGGUCCCUUCCAACUCUGCAACUCUGUGAUUCUACGCCUCUGUUUCUGUUCUGUCUGUAUAUUGAUAUUUGUCUUUUACUCUUCCUGUGAGCUGCUUUGAGAGCGAUUAUGCAUAUAAGUAAAAGGACAACGGUGAAAAUGAAACGGAAGCCACCCCUUGAAAGCAUGCUCUGAAAGAAGGACGAGGCCUUGGGUGCUGGCGUUUCCUGGCUCCUGUCAUCUCUGUAUUUCCCAGCAAGUUUAUGGUGUCUUUUGGCCAUUGUUAUUCUGUGUGCAUUAAUCACGAGUAACGGCACAGCUGGGUUCUGUCCUUGCAGUCACCGAGUUGGAUUUGAGAGAGUCCUCAUUCCACACCCUGCCAGGCGCCGUGACAGAGUAGAAAUAAACCACCUCCUUGCCUUGCGUUAAGGUGGGCAUGGAAUUUAAGGAGUGACGAGUGUACCUUUUCUGGAGACUGUUGAGCAGAACUGCCUGCGACCAUCCCAUCGGUGGCUUGGGGGGGGGGCAAGCACAGCUCCCCACAUAACAGGGCGAGGACCAGUACGGGCGGCAGUAUUUCCAGUUAAGGUGUGGACACCCUGCACUUGCGGCCCUGUAGUCAAAUUUCCACCUCCACACCUCUGGGGGCUCACCUUUUUUGAGCCAAGGAGCAGCCGUGCCUUCCCGUUGCCUGCAAACUGGAGGCGGAAAACGUUUUCCCCACAACCCGACCUUCUGAUGGCUCCUGUUGCAGCGGAGUGACCUGCUCUCAGAGGAGGAGGCUGCCCGCUGUGUCCCUGCACGAGCAGCUCCUCUGAACGUGCCUCUUUUCUGAGCAGGCAGUUUCCCCUUUCUGCUUCGUUCCCCGAGAGCCACCCUUUUGCAGAGCUGCACACAGGAUUGAUUUUGGGGGGAGAAGGAACGUGCAGCCAUCUCUCCCGGGGUUUGAAAAGUGCACAGUUCAAGGAUCAAACCCUGGGCAAGGGCAAAAGGGUCCUGGGCCCCCUCAAUUGAUUCUGUGGCCUCGGCUUAAGGCUCCGGUUGUCCCCGCUUCCUUCCCUUCCCGCGCAGAGACAGCCAUGACCCACGCUUCUCCCCUCCGGCAAUCAAUGCCAAAUAUUUUAACUUGCUCUGUGCGUGCGUGGGCUCCCUCCCUCCCCGGUUUCCCAGCAUGCCUUAUCUUUCCCCUCCUGCUGUGUGUCCUAUUGCCUCCCUAUGUGGCUAUCAUCAUAUAGGGCUUUCUGCCUAAGCCAGCUUUAAAUGAUUUCUCCCUCCACCCCUUUUGGUAAACAUUGUGUACGGGGCUUAGCUGCAGCAGCCCUUUUCUCUGCAAUUACAGCCCUGCUGGCGCAGUCCUUUCUCUCCGUGCAUUAAUUCCACUUCCAAAGUCCAGGGGAGGGGAGAUUUAUGGUGGUCUACUUUUUCCCCCUUUUUCCAAUGCAGCAAAAUUAGCGGCGUGGCAGAAAAUCAAGGACAGGAGGUAUUAGAGUUGUGGAAGUGAGCCAGAGUUGAGGGGCAGUGAAUGAAGUGUCCGGGGGGGGGGGGGGCGGGAGCCACAAGCCGAGGCCAGGAUCCAAGCAAAGAGGCAAAGGCUGAGAGGUAGAGCAUCUGUCUUGCAUGCAGAAGGACUCCAGUUCGACCCCUGACUUUCUGUGCUUUAGGAGUGGAAGCAUUCUCUCUGUUUGGGCCCGUCUGUAGCCACACUUGGAACCGCGGCUCUUGCAAUAAAGCCACAGGGAGGACUCCUCUGAGAGGCCACUUCUUAUUUCACAGGUUCUAGGAGGGGGUUGGGGAACCUGUGGCCCUCCAGAUGUUGCUGGACUCCAGCUGCUACCAUCCCCAACCUCAGAGCUGGGUGGGAAUUGGGAGCUGGCAGGCUGCAGGUUCCUUGCCCCUGUUACAAAAGCUCUCUCUUAGACCCCCCCCAGCUUCUGUCACUUAGACCCCCCCCCCCGGCUUCUGUUUCCACCAAGCCUGUCUCGCAUCGGAAUUCCAAAUCCUAGGCAGGUUUAAUCAGAAGCAAGAUUCUCUGGGCUUGAUGGACAAACUCUGAAAUAAAUACAGUGGUACCUCUGGUUACGUACUUAAUUCGUUCUGGAGGUCCGUUCUUAACCUGAAACAGUUCUUAACCUGAAGCACCACUUUAGCUAAUGGGGCCUCCUGCUGCUGCCGUGCUGCUGGAGCACAAUUUCUGUUCUCAUCCUGAAGCAAAAUUCUUAACCCAAGGUAAUAUUUCUGGGUUAGCGGAGUCUGUAACCUGAAGCGUCUGUAACCUGAGGUACCACUGUACCCAGGGGAUGAUUUCUUAGCUUGAAAGACCAACGCUCUUCUGGAAAGCAAGUGAAAGUCUUUUCUUCUUUGGUGAUCCCUCGUAGCUGAGUAAGAUUUUCUUCCAUAAACACUGUCUUAGCAGUGAGUUUGUAAGUGUCUGUGGAGUCCAAUUCUGGAUCCACACGUCCUUCCACAGUGGGGACAUAGGUUUCUGGGUGGGAGUUGAUCAACGAUGUGGAUUUGCAAGUGAAAAUGGUUCCUUUCUGGCUAAGGAAGGGAGAUGGGGGUGGCUUUGGGGAGCAUUGGGGGCCCCACGUCACGUAAGGUGGCUGCUCUCCCGUGCUGUGGACUCUGACACCCACCCCAGCUCCCCUUCCUUCCGCCCUGACCCCCUAACCUCUUCUGUGUCUGGUUUAGCUUUCAGGCCAGCCGACCCGCCUUGAACGUUGUCAUUUUCCCUCUCCUGCACGAGGACUUGACGGAGGUCAUCCGGGACGUUCCCAUGAUGCACUUGGACGAAAUCACCUUGUUCAAAAGCCGGGUGGCCGAGGAGCCGCCCAACCUGUGGGGGUGAUGGCGGCGCAGCGGAGAGGGAGGCUCGGCAGGAGCGCGAAACAGCUGCUGCUUCUCCUUGGGCAGGCGGUCCAGCCCUUGAGCCUUGCGGGGCCACCCUAUUCCAGUGUUCUGCAACUCAGAUGCCACUUCGAGGGCAAGCUUGCCAGGGUGCCAGGCAGGCCUUGCGUAUCCCGUAUGAGCAAAAUUUGCCCCCGAAGAAAAAUCUUAAUAUUUAUUGGUUUUAAUUUCCAGCCCGCCCCGCCCCUGAGGGACUCAGGGUGGGCCACAAUGAGCUGGUGAUUCCUUGCUAUUUAAUACAUGAAUUCUCAUGCAGCUUUAAAUGUAGUUAAAGGGGAGAGGAAUUUAACUUGAAAGAAUGUGCUCCCUUUUCUUCCUCCUCCCGUAACUUAUUCUCGGAGACGGUUGGCUCUUGUGCUUUUCGGGGGGGGGGUUCCUCUUCACUCGAAUGUCUUAAGGGACUUUGUAGGUUGACGCAGAGAGUGGACGUGCCUGAGCUUUUAUUUAUUUGGGGGGGGGGGAUUUUGGUGUGCAUAUGUCGUACAGCUGAUCCAGCCCUCUUAUCUUGAGAGGGGGAUAGUUUGUGCCGCUAGGACCUGCUGUGCUGGAUGCAAUUUGAGUUUCCAGCUUUUUAGCCAGAGACACCUGGGAUGUUUCUACACUUGCCUGCUGGGGUGCGGUCAGUUGCCAGGCCAGAGUGUCCUCCAAGUUUCAUAUGCAUCUAAAUAAAAAUAUCCCAGGAAGCUGUUGAGUCACGCAAAAUUUACAGGAUUUCCAUGUCUUCUGGUGGAAGCCUCCUGCUUCCCCUCUCCAGCUCACGGUUCCGUCUCAAGCAUGGCUGCCACGUGGCAGGAAGUUCUCUUGCACAAGCCCCAAUGAAAUGAACGGGUGCUGUGCAGGAACACUCCCGGGUCACUGCACAGGUCACCCUCAUUGAGCUGGGAGCUGCUCUGAAAUGCCCACAGCACAAAGUCUUGUGUCCUUUAGCUUUUACAACCUUGUAGCUGUUUAUGGCGCUAAAGAAAAGCAAGCACACCUUGUAAGCAGUGGCUGGCAUUGAGCUCCAAUCCCAAAUUGCCGUUGUGAGCAUAAACGCGCGCGCGCGCGCACACACACACACACACACACACCCCUCUCUUUACAGCUCCCCAAAUAACCAACCCUUCCUAACAGCUUUUUUGAAAGCAGGCUUUGCCUUUAUCAGGCUAAUUCUGCUGGAGGUGCUAGCUUGGACUGACACCAUUUUAUCAAAACCGUGCCAAAAUGCUCCUUUGCCAAGGCCCUCUUCUGGGGGGGGGGGCCAUGGGGGGUAACCUGGCCCUGGUCCUUCCCUCCGUCGUACCGCAGGGCCCUUCCCACUCCCAUUUUUGCAUUCUCCUAAAACACGAGUGGGGAGCCCGGUGCCCCCUCCAGACGUCGUUGGGACCCCCAGCUCCCCGAGAGCCAGCUUGGUCGCACUGGUCAGGGGGGCGAUGGGAGCUGCAAGGCCACAGACAUCUUGGAGGGGGGCGCAGAGGGUUCCCCACUCCUUUAUUCAAAGGCCCUUCGCUUUCCACGUAGGGGGGUGACAGCGGCAACGUUGCAGCUUCUCCUGGGUGCAGAUUUAGGUGUUCUGGAAGCAAAGCUGCAUUGUUUGCAAUGGGGGGGGGGGCAUGGAAGGAGGGGGUAGAAGAAGCCCUCGUCUCCCUCCGUUGCUGUUUCUCAGCUUCUGCUGCUCUUCGCUUGAAGUCGUGGGCCAGCCUGAGUAUCCGUAGCAAUGUGUCUGUUCCAAUGUGAUGCUGGUAUCUGUGUUAAUUGGAUCAACAGUGGAUUUACCUGUCAGAUAUGGCAUAUAAACACUUCUGUACUCACCUUUGCUAUUUUAGUAUGCUCUUUUUGUGUGUGCGGGGGGGGGGGAAUGACAAAAAAACUGCCUUCUAUCAGACUCUCUCUCUCUCUUUUUUGUCCAGCUUCAAAUGUUUUUGACUGCAACUUCCAUCAGCCUCAGCCAGCUUAAACCAAUAUCCUCUCCUCUGGCACUGGGUCUCCACGGUAUGUUUAGCCUGGAGAAGAGGGGACCAAGAGCUGGUGUGAGAGCCAUCUUCAAAUAUCUAAAAAGUUGUCAUGCGGAAGAGGGAGCAAGCUCUUUUUCUCCUGCUCUAGAGGGUGGGACCCGAACCCAGGGCUUCCCGUUACUAGGAAGGAGAUUCCGACUCAACAUCAGGAAGAAAUUUCUGACCAUUGAGAGCUGUUCGCCAGUGGAACGGACCCCUUCAGAAGGUGGUGGGCUCUUCUUUUAUAUAUUUAGAAUUUUAUAGAGAUU